AUAUCAUGGAUUGCCAUGAUUUCUUUCAUCUCUAACAUUCCCUCAUUUCAGGCUGAUUAUCUUCGGAGAAUAUCAUUGAAGAUGCUGACAAUGGAAAAUAGAGGCCAAAACACCAUAGCUAACUCUAUGCGAUCAAACCUUGGUGACAAUGGUGAUGGACCUUCAGAUACAGGGUCUGUUACUGUUAGGCGGGCUCAAGUGCUUGGAGGGCAGGUGGCACCAUCAGAGGGAGAGAGAAAUGCUUCAGGAAGACAAUCUAUAAGAAAAAGGAAGCGGCCUCAGUGGCUAGCUGAUUUUGUCACCAAUCUAUAGAUAGCUGAUUUUUUUUUUUCUUUGUUUUUUAUCGAUAGCCGUAUUUUCAUAUACUCGUUGUCUCAUUUCCUCGGGCCAUUGCAAAUGAUGUGGACCAAAUGUUAAUGGCCAGGCCACUAUUUCGAUUGUAGUGUCCUCUGUAUGUCCUCUGUAGUGUGUCGUUUUGCAAUAUUGGCUUAUAGGGCCUUUGACGUAAUGACUAAUGAGAAGGAAUGCUUGCAUAGGA